UACGUGUGGAAACCAUUACGUGCGUAUAGGCACAUAUACAUCCGUGUACAUAUAAAGUACGUACAUACACACACACACACAUACAUAUACGUAUACACACACACAUAUACGUAUACACACACAUACACGCACACACGUACCAAAAAUCUACAUGUUCGCACGUAUAUCUAUGUAAACACAAACACACACACAUACACACAUAAACACACACACAAACACAUAUGUAUAUAUUUAUGAUACACACACGCACGCACUCUUGUAUACACAGAUACUACUGUUGCAGCUGUUGCAGAGGUUGAUACUACCACCACUACCACCACCACCACCACCACUACUACUACUACUACUACUACUACUACCACUACUACUACCAAUAUUACUACUACUACUACUACUACUACUACUACUACUACUACUACUACUACUACUACUACUACUGCAGCUCCGCUGCUCGAGCGCUACUUUGGAGGGAAAACGAAACUCACAUCGUGUUUGGCUGUGUGUACUAGCCUUAAACUUUGGAAGUACCAUUCAGGGGUUCGCCGUCGCAUUCAGGUAAGAGCAUUUAAUGUGUAUUAUCUUCCGCGAGCAACCAACAAAUACAUAUUGGGAUAUACUUUACGGCUAAAAAAAGAUGUUGUGUCUAAUUCGUACUCAGUCUCAAAGGUUUUAAUAAUACAUUCUGUAUGCUGAAUGAAUUCCACUGAAACAAAUUCAGGAUUUACAUGUCGAACGAAGUACCGUCUUUAACAAUUCUGCAUGCUCCCUAUCAUUUGUUGGGGUUAGGCAGAUGUGGAUUAUAACAGACAGUUAAUAAGGCUAACAGUGGAAAAAGUACAGAAAGUGAAUUCACAUGGAUGGAAAUUCAGUUGGAAAAGCAAAGAUUUUUAGAUGAAACCUUUGUCGCCGCAUUCAUCCCUCUAUGAAACUCACAGCUUAUUUGCUGCCGAUGGGAACACUGAAUAAGCGGUUUUUUUAGCUGGAAAUAAAAGCCAACUUGCGAUGAAUGCUGUACAUUAGUGUUCAGUGACCGGAGAUGCGGAAACGAGCAACAUACCACGUGUUUCCAAAGCUACAUCUGACAUCCGAUUCAUCUUGAUGGUGUAGUCCCUCAUCUAGAAUAGACAUCAAUGUCUGGGUUGAAAUGGUGUCAAGCAUACUCGAUGGAUAUUUUAAACAGUUCUGGUAUAUGUUUCGUUUUUCCGCCGAGAAUAUGAAAUUAUUUCAGCUUAUUUUAGUUUUCCACAAUUAAUAUUUUCGUUUAUAGAAAAUUUCACAAUUUCUGUUUAUUUAUUCCAACACCACUUAUUUGAAAGCAAAUCCCCAAACCAGUUAUUGAUCAUUGGUCAACAGAGGUAUCAUAUGUCGUGUCAGAACAUAUGAUAUGUAGUAAAAAUGAAUAUAUGCUGGAGAAUACAAAUGAUACAAUGAGAUAGAAAGUGCCUGUUUCAUACUGAAAGGUAUUGUCUCUAUCUAUAUUGGUAUCUCUUCAUCUAUUCGUUCUUCUCUGUUUGAAAAAUAUAAAUAUUUAUAUAUGUGUAUGCUGGCACCUAUGACGGAAGGUUUGUGAGUAUGUGUCGAUAUACAGAUAUGUAUCCUCUGGCUUCGUAAAGAAAAUUCAGAAGGCUGUUGUGAUAUAUUUUAUUCUGGUUUCAAACAUUGUAUAUAUAUAUAUAUAUAUAUAUAUAUAUAUAUAUAUAUAUAUAAUUCAUUUGAUCUUAUUCUAAAAUCAUAUUGUCAUCAAAAAAAGGGUUUGGCCGAGUUGUGAAGUAAAAGAAAAUACAUAUAUAAACUCACAACAUGGCCCAUAUUAAUACUUGCAUCUUACUGCUGUUUAUUGCAUUGAAUUUAUCAGCUAUUGAAAGUCUCAACCAGGGAACACCACCGACAGUCAGUAUGGCUGUAUUAGUACCUGAGAGCCCUUUUAAGAAGUCACAACUCAUUGGAUAUAUUAUACGCUCAAUCAAUCAAUAUCGACGCAAACAACUGCCAUUUAAACCAACCGGUUACCUACAGUCUAUUAAAUCUGGGAGUACCAAAGAAAUACUGGAUGCUUUUUGCAAUGAUUUCUUUCGGAACAAUACCAUAGCCAUAAUGUAUAUUAACAACCAAGUCAUAUUACAAGGGGACCCCUCUGCGGGGAGUUAUGUAACUCAGUUGGCGCACGCAGUUGGAAUACCCGUCAUUUCCUGGAAUCCCGAUCGUACCAUGGCAAUUCAGGAAGACUCUUUAGUGUUGGAAUUAGCUCCACGAAUUCAUCAUGAGUGUGAAGCCAUGUUAAGCCUCCUUGACCAUUAUAACUGGACCGACUUCACCAUAAUAACGACACAGGCCGACGGCUACAGUGAGUUCACCUACACUUUACGGAGGCUUGCCAAAAAGUAUAGCAAAACCUAUUCGCCAGAUGUAAUCCAACACAUUCAGUUUGAAAAAAAAUUUCGAAUAAUAACUGAACAUAUAAUUCAAAAUACUACACGACCAGCCAUCAUAAAAAACUUAGAGAAAUUACAAAAAACGGACACCCGGAUUAUUUUAUUAUAUGCAAACAGGUUCGUAUGAAGUUUCAAUUUCCUUUUGUCUUCUUGUGUU